UUGAUCAGUUAUCCAAUGGAUAGUAUCUAGAGAAGUUCCUAUUCGAUCCAAAGUGCUCGGUCGGUGUUAACAUUUCCAACAACAAAUAACGAUCUCCAAUAUCCAAACCAACACCUCAACAAAAAAAAACUUUAAUUAAUAUAGAAUUUAUUUAAAUCACCAAUGUGACUUUCUUAAUUCAACUUUCAAAAUAAAUAAAACAUCAAAAUAAAUAACCAUAAAUUCUAAAUUAUUCUUUGGAAAAAUAAAAUAAAAAUUCAAAAUGCUCGACACAUUAAUUUAUAUACCAACAGUUUUGGCCUACACCUUUAUCAGUUUACUGGUCGUCAUUUUAUGCUUCAUUGUUGUUUAUGUCAGCCAUAAAGUUUAUCUCAAUAUCUAUGAUAUUCUGCCGGUCACACCAACGAAUGCAACAAAAUCCAUAUACAAAUCAAAAUCUGCCCCCGCACUAAGAAUUUACAUAUGGAUCGGACGAAGUCGCUUAGCUAUCUUGGUAUUGGAACCAGUGGGUUCAGCAGGUACGCUUUUAUUAAAAUAUACUGAUAGUAUUUCGACAAUACCAUGGAAUGAAAACAACAAUAAUUCUGGAAGAAACAUACAAAACUGCAACAAGUGCAUUUGUCGUGGCAUCGAUCACUAUGGCGUAUACGUAACAUAAAUGCAAUAAAGUCACUCUGAGUGGUUUUAAUGAAUAAUAAAAUACAUAGAAACUUAAAA